AUGGCUUCGCGACUGGUGCUGGUCCUAGGCGACCUCUUCAUACCAGACCGAGCUUCAGACAUACCAGCAAAGUUCAAGAAACUCCUCGCACCCGGAAAGAUCGGCCAAAUUCUGUGUCUAGGCAACAUAACGGAUCGCGAAACGUACGAGUUCCUGCGCGCUAUUGCACCGGACCUACAGAUUGUAAAAGGCGACUUCGACGUGGAAGCGCCUAAUCUCGCCUUAUCGAAAGUCGUCACACAUGGUAGUCUGCGCAUAGGCUUUACACAUGGCCACACCAUCAUACCACCCGGCGACGGCGACAGUCUGCUGAUAGCAGCACGGCAGAUGGACGUCGAUGUCUUGCUAUGGGGCGGCACACACAAGUUUGAGGCGUAUGAGAUGGAAGGCAAGUUCUUUGUCAACCCUGGAAGUGCGACAGGUGCUAUGAGCACGGGGUGGUGGACAGAGGACGAGGAUCCCACGCCGAGUUUUGUGUUGAUGGAUGUUCAAGGCGAUGUCCUCGUACUCUACGUUUACCAACUCCGCAAAGACGCCGAAGGCAACGAAAAUGUCGCAGUGGAGAAAGUCUCGUUCCGGAAAAACGGCGGCGGCGCAUCAUAG